AUGUCACCAGAGGAAUCAAUCACCCUCAUCAAGGCCAACUUGGCUGAAGUCCUGAACCCCGAGAUCAUCGACAAUGUGAUCCUCAAAGAAAAGCGACCCCUCCGAGUCUACUGGGGAACCGCCCCAACAGGAAAACCUCACUGCGGGUACUUCGUACCAAUGGUCAAGAUCGCCGAGCUCCUCCACGCUGGGUGCCACGUCAAGAUCCUGCUCGCCGACAAACACGCACACAUGGACAGCCACGCGCCCCUCGACGUGAUCAAACACCGAUGCGAAUACUACAGACUCCUCAUAAAAAGCUCUCUUCGGGCUAUUGGCGUCGAUGUCUCCAAGCUUGAGUUUAUAGUGGGAAGCUCAUUCCAGGACAGCAAAGAAUACCAGAACGACCGCUUCGGAUUCUCGAAUAACGUCACCGUGUCACAGCUGAUCAAGGCUGGUUCUGAAGUCGUAAAGCAAGGCGAGAAUCCAACGCUGGGCAGCGUGGAAUACCCCAUCUGGCAAAGUCUCGACGAAGAGUACCUCGAUGUCGACGCAGAACUGGGCGGUGUAGAUCAACGCAAAUUGUUCACCUUCGCCAUCGACCAUAUGCCGAAGCUUGGCUACAAAGUGCGAGCACAUUUAAUGAACGCCAUGGUCCCCGGUCUUGGAGAGGCACAGAAGAUGAGUUCAAGUGAGCCGAGCUCCAAGAUUAAUAUUCUCGAUAGUCCACAAGAAGUCACCAAAAAGCUCAGAAAGGCUGUAUGCGCCCCAAGGCAGAUCGAAGGCAACGGCGUCAUUGCGUUUAUAGAGCAUGUCAUCUUCCGGGUUGAGUCGCUAAAGACAAGCGGCAAGCCAAGAUUCAUGGUUGAAAGAAGUGACGGUGAAACUUUGGUUUACGAAGACAUUUGUCAGCUCAAAGAGGAUUACGCCAGCGAUGUUCUGACACCGCAGAUGAUCAAACCUGCCCUGAUAAAAACACUCAACGAGCUUCUGGAGCCAAUCAGGAGAGAUUUUGAGGCUGAUGAGGAUUGGCAACGUGUGGCUCAACUGGCCUACCCACCCGAGGAAAAGUCCAGGAAAACAAAGGUAGAAAAGAAAAGUGGCAAAUCACACCAUGAGCUGCCUAUCCGGACUUCACAUAGUUGA